AGUGCGGUCCUGUUACGACCCUACAUGGGAAACCUCCGUGCGGUUCUUGACGAAAUUUUACUGUUUUUAACAGCGUUUUCGAGAAAUCAUAAUUUUUUUUAAUCAUCUACCGAAUGACCUAAUUACACUUCAUAUAAAUGUUAAAGUUCAUCGUAAUGGGGGUUCGUGGUUUCCUGUUAUUUGCCUCAAAAAUAUGGGGAUUCCUCUGCUAUUGCCUUAAGAAGCAAAUUAGAGCCGUUGUACAACACCAGACCGUCCGCUAUGAAAUGGUUCCUCUUAGCGUCUCAUUUAAAACGCAAUUAAAUUGUGUAAGGAAGAAAACGCUGAUUCUCGAUCUGGACGAAACUCUUAUACACUCUCAUCAUGACGGUAAUUUUCGGCAAACUGUGAAACCGGGAACGCCUGCAGAUUUUGUAUUAAGAGUGACCAUCGACAAGCAUCCUGUUCGCUUCUUCGUCCAUAAACGACCUCAUGUCGACUUCUUCCUGCAAACCGUCUCUAACUGGUACGAAUUGGUCGUCUUCACGGCCAGCAUGGAGAUUUAUGGCUCAGCAGUAGCCGACAAACUCGAUCAUAACAAGUGCAUGUUCAAGAGGCGAUAUUAUAGGCAGCAUUGCCAUAUGGAUAACGGUUCAUAUUCAAAGGAUUUAAAAGCGGUUAGCGAUGACCUAAGCGGGGUUUUUAUAGUUGAUAAUUCGCCAGCCGCCUACCGAAGUUACCCGCUUAAUGCUAUUCCUAUUAAAUCAUGGUUCUCCGAUCCUACUGACACUUGUUUGUUGAAUUUAUUACCGAUUCUCGACGCUCUGCGUUUCGUUCAGGAUGUACGGUCUAUUUUGGGCAGGAACUUGCAUAAAGUCGCCUGA